GGCUCUGGGAAUGAGAUUGGUUUCCUUAGUAACAGAUUCAAGAUGGCUCCGUGGACAGCAACAAGAAUACGUCCGACAAAAUACUACGGCUUGUAAAUAUAAAAGAUAACCAGGAUUUUGAUCAAAACAAGUUUGAUACAGCUUUUAGUAUAACCAUGUCUCACAGCUACUACAACAAGCAAUGGGGAGAGACGCAAGGCGCGAUCCUCGAUCUCCUAGAAGUGGAGUUACCAGCAGAGCCUAUGAAACCAGAAAAGGAUCGGAUUGCUGCAUUCCAAAUGUUUGCCGUGAUGUAUAUCAAAUAUAUUCAAAUUUUCCGAAGAAUAGAGGAAUGUUAUGAUCAGGUAGUGCACCCACAAAAAAGAAGAGUUCUACGGCACUUGUUAGAUGGCAUCAUGGGAAGAAUUCUUGAAUUAAAGAAUGAGAUGGUACAGCUUGAGUUUUCGGAAUUUCAUUACUUUGACGAUGUCCUAUCAGAUCUUAAACUGACACCUGAUGACAUCGAAAUUCCUAUUCCAAAGUAUUUCAUCUAUGAGAACUCCAAGGAGUUACAGGAACGCGAAAAACUCCUGGGCGGGAUACUGGCCAAGAUGGGACCACAAGACACACCCACACAAAGGGAAGAGAUUCAAAUGACGGUUGAUGAUGCUAUCAGAUUAAUUCAGGUCCACGAAAGAGCAAGGCAGGGUAGACUGAGGGCAAAAUUCAUGAGAGAAAUUAGGCAACAAGAAGAAAGAGAGAGACAAGCUCAACUGCGUGGCGCACCAACAAUGGACCCUGAUAUUGCAGCUACUAAAAUACAGAAGGUCUGGAAAGGAUUUGCUCAGAGAAAAAGGACUCAAAGGUUGAGAGAGGAAGAGCUUAUAUUUGUUGGAAUGUCAGCUGAACCAGAGCAGGACAAGAAAGACACUCCAAUGUUUGCUGCUGAUAAAACAGAGACUCACAGACAUGUUAUACAAGAAGAACAUGAAAGGGAAUACCAACAGGCUUUGGUCUCAAUAAAAGAAAAGAUUCGAGAGAUUGAAGGUCCAGACAUGAAGGAAAACAUGCAAGACCAGAUCCGACAAUGGUUUAUAGAAUGCAGGGACAAGAGUGGUAAAUUUCCCGACUACCCUGAUGAUGACGAAGGCGGAUCAGCGGCUAUCUUUAAAGAGAAAGAUCCUGCAGAACUUGAGAAAGAGGAGGCUGAGAAAGGUGAAGAUGGUGGCAAGAAAGGGAAAAAAGGAAAGAAAGGAAAGAAAGAUAAAAAGGAUAAAAAAGACAAGAAAGGCAAAAAAGGGAAAAAGGGCAAAGGUGGAGAUGAAGAAGAGGAGCCUGGGAUUAAGAUGGCGGAAUCCAGUUUUGUACCAACAGUGAACGAAGCAGCGGCAACAUACAAAGAUGUCUGGCAGUUUAGAGAUGAAACUGGAAACUUUGAGCAAAAACAUGACGCUGAGUUGAUCAAAGAAGCAAAAAGGAUUGAAGUGGAAGAGGAAAUCCGCAAGCAAGUAGAUGAGCUGAUGAGACAAGAGUUGAAAAAUCUUAAGAUGGCGGUUGAUAGAGAUAAGGCUGGAAAAAAGGGAAAGAAAGGCAAGAAAAGCGGAAAGAAAAGUGGAAAAAAGAAAAAGAAGAAGAGCGGUAAGAAAAGCGGUAAGAAAGGAAAGAAGAAGAAGAAAGAAAAGGAUUUGACAGCUGACAGGACAAUCGAAUCCAUAUACGAGGAAUUAGUCCACGAGGGAAUCAUAGUGCGCCCACCCAAAAUCCACUUGCGAGACUUUGUCGGUGAAUAUAGCUACCUUGGGACCACACUAAGACAGGCAAACAUCGAACCCAUGCCGUCACUAUCAGACGUACGACGUGUUAUAACCGAGUUCUCGAUCCUACCUUUGGGCUCUCAGGCUGUUCAUGAGAGAUCUCCGAUGAUCAAGUCAGUCCUGAUCACAGGGCCACGUGGUGUUGGUAAGAAGAUGCUCGUACACUGCAUCUGUACUGAGACAGGAGCUAACCUUUUCGACCUGACCGCGGCAAACAUCGCCGGCAAGUACCCCGGCAAGGCAGGACUGGCCAUGCUACUGCACAUGGUCUUCAAGGUCGCUCGUCAACUGCAGCCGUCGGUUGUGUUCAUCGGAGACGCUGAGAGGACCUUCGUGAAGAAAGUUCCCAAGACUGAUAAGUCGGACCCAAAACGACUGAAGAAAGAUCUGCCAAAGCUCCUGAAGACUUUAAAGCCUGAAGACCGUGUGAUUAUCAUCGGCACAUCAAGGCAGCCUUUUGAUGCGGAAGUGAAGCCCCUCUGUUCAUCUUACCAGAAGAUCCUACUUGUGCCAAGGCCGGAUUAUGCAUCCAGAUACCUGUUAUGGCGAACACUGAUCCUGAAGUACGGCGGACGCGUGUCGGAAUCCAUGGACCUGAGCUCUCUUGCCAAAAUAACUGACGGAUACACCCAGGGACAUAUGGUACAAGCCAUACAGCAGAUCCUGUCCGAGAGAAGAAUCCAGCAGCUCUCCAAGCGUCCUCUGACUGCUGCCGAGUUCGUGGCUCCUUUGGCGAGAAUUGACCCGAUCUACAAGGAGGAGGAAGAGGCCUUCAAGACGUGGUUUUCCAAGACUCCCCUGGGCAAGAAGCGAGCAAAGGCUGCUGCAGGCGAUGACGAGGGAGGAGACAAAAAGGGAAAGAAAGGAAAGAAGGGAAAGAAAAGCGGGAAGAAAAAGAAGAAAUAAUAGAUCUUUCUUCUGAGUAUUUGAGAAGUGUGUGUAGACUUAUUUGUAAAUAUGUUUUUAUUCCAUUAAUAAAACCUUUCAGAGAGGC